GGGAGGACAAGGCGCGCGUGGUUUUCCCAUCUCAUCCCUGGAGGCGGGGCUGGAGCAUCCCGGGCAGCCAAUCAGGGACAGGCUGGGGGGGGCACUUUGAAGAAGUUUGGGGAAAAAAGUUUGGAAAAGUUUCUAUAAUAACGAGGGGGCGUCCAGAGGGAGGCGGCAGCGGCGAAGGAGGGGGCGUCUCGGAGAAGGGAGGGAGGGAGCCACCGGUCUAGAGACUGCAGCCUCCUGAGACUCCCCCCCUCCCACCCAGCCCGGGACCUGGGGGCUUUGGCCGGAUCCAUGGGGGCAGCGAGCUGCGAGGAUGAGGAGCUGGAAUUUAAGCUGGUGUUCGGGGAGGAAAAGGAGGCCCCCCCGCUGGGUGCGGGCGGUUCGGGGGAAGAACUGGACUCAGAGGACACCCCACCAUGCUGCCGUCUGGCCCUGGGGGAGCCCCCUCCCUAUGGCGCCACCCCUAUUGGCAUUCCCCGGCCUCCACCCCCUCGGCCUGGCAUGCACUCCCCACCACCCCGCCCAGCCCCCUCUCCUGGCACUUGGGAGAGCCAGCCAGCCCGGUCAGUGAGGCUGGGGGGGCCGGGAGGGAGCUCCGGUGGGGCUGGGGGAGGCCGCGUUCUUGAGUGCCCCAGCAUCCGCAUCACUUCCAUCUCUCCCACUCCUGACCCACCAGCCACGCUGGAGGACAAUCCAGAUGCCUGGGGGGAAGGCUCCCCCAGGGAUUACCCCCCACCAGAAGGCUUUGGAGGCUACCGAGAGGCAGGGGGCCAGGGCGGAGGCCCCUUCUUCAGCCCAAGCCCAGGCAGCAGCAGCCUGUCCUCCUGGAGCUUCUUCUCAGACGCCUCCGACGAGGCAGCCUUGUAUGCAGCCUGUGAUGAGGUGGAGUCUGAGCUAAAUGAGGCAGCCUCCCGCUUUGGUCUGGGCUCUCCACUGCCCUCGCCCCGGGCUUCCCCUAGGCCGUGGACCCCAGAUGACCCCUGGAGCCUGUAUGGUCCGAGCCCUGGAGGCCGGGGGCCAGAGGAUAGCUGGCUACUCCUCAGCGCUCCUGGGCCCACCCCCGCCUCCCCAAGACCUGCCUCUCCCUGUGGCAAGCGGCGCUAUUCCAGCUCAGGAACCCCAUCUUCGGCCUCCCCAGCUCUGUCCCGCCGAGGCAGCCUAGGGGAGGAGGGGCCUGAGCCACCUCCACCACCCCCAUUGCCUCUGGUCCGGGACCCUGGCUCCCCCGGCCCUUUUGACUACGUGGGAGCCCCACCAGCAGAGAGCAUCCCCCAGAAGACCCGGAGGACUUCCAGCGAGCAGGCGGUGGCCCUGCCUCGGGCUGAGGAACCUGCCCCAUGCAACGGGAAGCUGCCUUCAGGAGUAGAGGAGGCCGGGGCUCCUCCCGGGGGUCCUCGGAAGGAGGUGGCAGGCAUGGACUACCUGGCAGUGCCCUCCCCACUGGCUUGGUCUAAGGCCCGGAUUGGGGGACACAGCCCAAUCUUCAGGACCUCUGCCCUCCCGCCCCUGGACUGGCCUCUGCCCAGCCAGUAUGAGCAGCUGGAGCUGAGGAUCGAGGUGCAGCCCAGAGCCCACCACCGGGCCCACUAUGAGACAGAGGGCAGCCGGGGAGCUGUCAAAGCUGCCCCUGGUGGUCAUCCUGUGGUCAAGCUCCUAGGCUACAGUGAGAAGCCACUGACCUUACAGAUGUUCAUCGGCACUGCAGAUGAGAGGAACCUGCGGCCCCAUGCCUUUUACCAGGUGCACCGCAUCACGGGCAAGAUGGUGGCCACAGCCAGCUAUGAAGCCGUAGUCAGUGGUACCAAGGUGUUGGAGAUGACACUGCUUCCUGAGAACAACAUGGCAGCCAACAUUGACUGUGCUGGAAUCCUGAAGCUUCGGAAUUCAGACAUUGAGCUGCGGAAGGGUGAGACGGACAUCGGGCGCAAGAACACACGCGUGCGGCUGGUAUUCCGGGUACACGUGCCUCAAGGCAGUGGGAAGGUCGUCUCGGUGCAGACAGCAUCGGUGCCCAUCGAGUGCUCCCAGCGCUCAGCCCAGGAGCUGCCCCAGGUGGAGGCCUACAGCCCCAGUGCCUGCUCUGUGAGAGGAGGGGAGGAGCUAGUGCUGACCGGCUCUAACUUCCUGCCAGACUCCAAGGUCGUGUUCAUCGAGAGGGGCCCUGAUGGAAAGCUGCAAUGGGAGGAGGAGGCCACAGUGAAUCGGUUGCAGAGCAAUGAGGUGACCCUGACCCUGACCGUCCCUGAAUACAGCAAUAAGCGAGUGUCCCGGCCAGUCCAGGUCUACUUUUAUGUCUCCAAUGGGCGGAGGAAGCGCAGUCCUACCCAGAGUUUCAAGUUCCUGCCUGUGAUCUUCAAGGAGGAGCCUCUACCAGAUGCAUCUCUCCGGGGCUUCCCUUCAGCCUCGGGCCCCCCCUUUGGCUCUGAAAUGGACUUCUCACCACCCAGACCCCCCUACCCCACCUCCUAUCCCCAUGAAGACCCUGCUUAUGAAACUCCCUAUGUGUCAGAAGGCUUCAGCUAUGGCACGCCCCCUCUGUACCCCCAGACAGGACCCCCACCCUCCUACAGACAUGGCCUGCGGAUGUUCCCGGAGACCGGGGGUACCACAGGUUGUGCCCGCCCACCUCCAGGCUCCUUCCUUCCCCGGCCCUUCCCUAGUGACCCCUAUGGAGGACGGGGCUCCCCCUUUCCCCUGGGGCUGCCGUUUCCUCCUCCUGCCCCCUUCCGACCUCCACUGCCUUCAUCCCCACCACUGGAAGGCCCCUUCCCUCCCCAGAGUGGUGUUCAUGCCCCCCCUGCUGAGGGAUACAAUGAGGUAGGGCCGAGCUAUGGCCCUGGGGAGGGGGCUCCGGAGCAGGAGAAAUCCAGGGGUGGCUACGGCAGCGGCUUCCGAGACAGUGUCCCUAUCCAGGGUAUCACGCUGGAGGAAGUGAGUGAGAUCAUUGGCCGAGACCUGAGUGGCUUCCCUGCACCUCCUGGAGAAGAGCCUCCUGCCUGAACCUUCGCCUGGCACCCCCGUCCCCACCCCCAAGCCCUGUCCACUUGCCUCCAUCCUGGGGUGGUGGUUCUGGAUGCUGGGGGACCAAUCUUGUUCCUCUUUCCCCAGUUCUUACCUCCUCUCCUCUCCCCUCCCUGCCCUCCCCUAGCUGAGGUGUGGCCCCUGGGCCUUGGAGGGCUGGGGGUGGGAGAGUGUGGAGGACUGGGAGGGGGCGGACACUGGGUGGGGGCCGGACACAAGGACUGGAGGACUGAUGGGAGCAAAGGCCAUGCCUAGACUCGGUAUGGGCCACAGUGCUGGGAGGCUGGGGACAGGUUGAUGGGUAAUAAACUGCUCACUGACUAGUG